UUUUACUCGUUUGCUGGCAAAUGCUUGAAUACAGUAUCAACAGGAGAACCGAUCAAAGGACUCGAGCCCUUUCAUUAUGCACCAAAACAGUUUGAAGGUGUGCUCGUGCUACUCGAGAAUCAGAUUCGUCUUUACACCCACCUCAAUCUUCUGGAUAUUGUAAAAGUUGAAAGAUCUCUUUCAUGGAUCAAGUUUGGCCAGUUUGGAAGAGAAGAAGGCGCUCUCAUUUUGGGAACACGUGAUGGUGGUCUUCUUGUAAAGCUGUUUCGCCGAAAAGCCUCCUUGGACGAUCGAAUCGAUAUCUCAGCUCCACCGAAAGCUUACAAUAUUAAGCUGAAUAUCCCUAAAAAGAGCAAGAUCUUCAUCGAUCAAACCGUACGCGAGAGAGAGAACGUCAAUCAGAUCAACCAGACAUACCAACGGGAUUUAUUCCUUAUCAAAUACCAUACGACGAAAGCAUUUGCUGCUAUGGCGUCCACGUCUGCAGCGUCAAUCUCCACUGAUCCAAAGCAUGCGGUUGACAUUGCUGUUACUGUGAAUGGUUUUGGACCAAAAUUCCGACUGACGGUGAAGCUAAGUUGCGCGAUGUAUGUCAUUUUCAUAUACAAUUGCUUUCUAACAGAGCAGUGCUAUCUCAGGAAGGUGCCGCUAUACAACUUGUGGCUUUCAAUGAUAUUUUCGCCGAAGGUUUAUCGUUUCGCUGAGACGUUGAUACCUGUCUCGAUACUUAUGCCUGGACAUUUCUACACAUUUUCUACACUGGUUGAAUGCAUUGAACCUGAAAAGGUAUUGGAGUUAAGGAGUUGCAAAGGGAAUUGA